AUGGAAGUCUCAAAUCACGCCAGAAAACGGAAAGCAAUCGACCCCGGGCACAACUCGCCGCCGUCAUUUCCGCCGGCGUAUCGAGGCUCCGACGGCUACGAUCCUAACACUGUAGAUCUUUCUCUCCUUGAAGCAAUGGAGAAUUCUUCGCAUAAUCCUCCAGUAGAGGCAGUUGAUCUUAAAACCCUAAAAAAGCUUGUCCUAUCCUUCGAGCGGCGUCUCAGGGACAACAUAGCUGCUCGGCUCAAGUAUGUGGAGAAUCCUGAAAAGUUCGCUGACUCGGAGGUUGACCUACACGAUGAUUUGCAGAAGCUCAAGGUUCUCGCUGGGGCUCCGGAGCUUUACCCGGACCUUGUUGCCUCCAAUACGGUUUCCUCGAUUGUGAAUCUCCUCUCUCAUGAAAACGCCGAUAUCGCGAACGACGUUGUUCAGCUUCUUCAGGAUCUGACCGAUGGAGAUGCCGUAGAGGAUAACGACGAGUCGGCGCGUGUGCUAAUCGACGCGCUGGUAGAGAACAAUGUGCUCGAGCUCUUGGUUCAGAAUAUGAACCGGUUAUCGGAGGCAGACCCAGAUGAGGCAACGGCUAUAUACGCAACAUUGACGGUGAUUGAGAAUCUGGUGGAAGUGAAGCCGGCUGUGGCUGAAAUGGUGUGUGAACGGACGAAGCUCUUGCGGUGGCUUCUUGUGAAGAUCAAGGUGAGGGAAUUCGAGGGAAUCAAGCAAUACGCGUCUGAGAUUCUGGCGAUUCUGCUGCAAAACAGCACGGCGAACCAGAAACGGCUUGGGCAAAUGAAUGGCGUAGACGCUCUGCUUGAGGGUGUGGCGAUGUAUAAGUCAAAGGAUCCCAAGAAUCCUGACGAGGAAGAGAUGUUGGAGAAUCUAUUCGAUAGUCUGUGUUGCCUCUUGAUGCCAUUGGAGAACAAGGAGAGGUUCGUCAAUGCGGAAGGAGUUGAGCUGAUGAUUAUCAUCAUGAAGCAGAAGAAGUAUGCUUACGGGUCUGCAAUUCGAGCUCUCGACUUCGCCAUGACCAAUUAUCCACCUGCGUGUGAGAGGUUCUUAGAUGUUAUGGGACUGAAAACAGCAUUUGCUGCUUUCAUGGGUAAGAUUCCGCUUAACAAGAGGAUCAAGAGGGAGCGGUAUAAGGAGGAGCUAGAGGAGCGGGUUAUAUCGCUGAUUGCGUCAUUAUUUGCUGGGAUUCUUAGGGGUUCUAGAAGAGACCGUUUGCUAAGCAAGUUCGUGGAGAACGAAUAUGAGAAGAUCGAUCGCCUUAUGGAGCUAUACAUGAGAUACUCUGAUAGGGUUAGAUUAGCGGCCGAGAGGUUAGACCAACUUGAGCUUGAUGACCUAGAGUUGGAUGAAGAUGAAAAGUAUAAUCGGAAGUUAGAGUCAGGCCUCUACAGUCUUCAGCUUGUUGCUGUUAUUCUGGGCCAUAUUUGGUGUUCUGAGCAUUCUGGAAUGAAAGCGCGGAUUGAGCUGCUGUUGAAGCAACAAAAGCUCAGUAAAAGCGAUGUGAAGGAGAUACUUCAGGAAUAUCAUGACAACAUUGGAGAUGUUGAAGGAGCAGAGGAGAAGGAACGAGGACAGGCGAGAAUUCAGUUGUUUAUAUCGGCAAUGUGA